GGGGCUUCGCAAACAGUGCAGAUGACAUUUCUUCUCUUGAACGGACCGCCGGAAAAGCAACAUGCAACUCAACUGCGUUCUUAUGACGUACUAACAAGAUCUAUUCAAGAUGUCGUUGAUUUUUACAGUAUUUAUAUGACAGUUUUCCCGGACCUCGUCUGAUGCCUCAUUGUGCAUCGUACCUUGCAGUCUCCUGCGAUCUUAAUCAAUAUGCGCCUCUUGACUCUUGUCAUGCAGAUCGUCCUCCCAUUAUUUGUCUCAUCCCUUGGGGCAGGCGCGGCCAACCUGACUGAAGAUUAUUUCCAGCCAAAUUCUACAGGUAUUAAGUUGCAAAAUGGGUUCGAACGCUUGUUCAUUCAGCCAUUCGGGCCUCAUGGAAUGCGCGUACGUGCAAGUCUCAUGCGUGACCCCACUGGGACCGAAUCUUCUGCUCUACUCGACCCUCCCAUCGAAGGUCCCGGAGGUAACGCAGGUCUAAGUCAUGACCUCGCGAUCCCCUUCAAAGGCAACGCCACCAUCCGAAACGGCAAUCUCGUCGCGGAACUUUCCUUUGGAAUCCUCUCAUUUUUCCGCGUCUCCUCAAACGGUUCACGUACUCUUCUCAUUUCAGAGUACACUGACACGAAGACGCUUCCCGCACGGUAUUACAGACAAGACUUUCGAGCUGGAAGUUUUGCUGCGGAGUUCUCGUUUACGAGUGAUGCGGAUGAGCAGAUUUAUGGAGUUGGACAACAGGCGUGUUGCAAAGACAAUUCAGUAAACAAAAAGGGGCAGGUGGUGGAUUUGAUCAAUUAUAAUUCACAUGUGCCAUUGCCGGUGUUUAUGUCGAAUAAGGGAUACCUACAGUUCUUCAAUAUGCCUGGACAGGGAAGGUUAGAGUUUAGUCCUCUAAGAACCAGGCUUGCCGUUGAUGAGGCAUUCGUAGUGGACUACUGGAUUACUACAGCUGAACCUGGGGAUUAUGAUGCCCUACAGGAACAAUUCACUGCUGUUACUGGACGACAACCGACUCCGCCUGACUUUAUACUGGGCUACCAACAAUCGAAGCUACGUUACUACAACGAAACCCAAAUAUUGAGCCUGGCGCAGCGCUUUCAUGAUGAACAAGUCAACGUUUCGCUGAUUGUAGUAGACUUCUUUGCAUGGAAGUUCCAAGGAGAUUGGUCAUUCAAUCCCGAAUUCUGGCCCGACCCAGUUGGUAUGGCAGCUAAAGUCAAAGAGCUUACCGGUGCAGAGAUGAUGGUAUCACUGUGGCCAAGCGUGGAAGACUUGUCGGUGAACUACAUUCCCAUGCAGGAACAAGGCCUUCUUGCUAUCACUCGAGAUGGCCCCGGCGUACAGGAUUCAUUCGCUGGUGUAUACACUCGCUUGAUCGAUUCGACGAACCCCGCUGCUAGGCAGUUCUUGUGGAAGAGGUUGAAUGAUAGUUAUUUCUCGAAAGGGAUUCAUAACUUCUGGAUCGACCAAGCUGAUGGCGGUACCCUAGGAGAACCAUUCGAGAACAAUGGCCAAGACACCAUCAAUUCCCUCCCAUACGCUCGCUCUUUCGCUCAAUACUUCCUUGGGACCCAGGAAAAAGUCGGAAAGAUCUAUCCAUGGCUACAUCAACAGGCUAUCGAAGAAGGCUUCCAAAAUCUCACCCAGGCUGAUCCUUCUUCGUCAUCCUGUCAAUAUAUGUCGUUGACCAGAAGUACCUUUGUCGGAGGACAGCGGUUUUGCUCGUAUUUGUGGAGUGGGGAUACGUCCUCGAGGUUCGACGUAUUAGCUCAACAAAUCACUGCUGGAGUUUCCGUUGCUGCUAGUGGAAUAUCUUCUUGGACGUUGGAUAUUGGUGGGUUCACAGGUUUGAACGUAGAUACUGACUCGGGUCGGGAGCUGUUCGUCCGAUGGCUCGCUAUGGGUGUAUUCCUGCCGUAUAUGCGUGUCCAUGGUGAUCGCGAUUGCAACAUACCUUUAGACCCUUCACAAUUCCUUGCCAAUCAAUGCCCAAACGAGCCUUGGUCCUACGGCGAUGACAACUUCGUCAUCAUCAAAAAAUAUAUCGCCCUGCGAUACCAACUGGUCCCAUACGUGAAGGCACUCUUCCAGAUGCUGCAAGCAUCUGGACGAACUAUCAUGAGACCACUUUAUUAUGAUUUCAACCAUGACCCGAGUAUCAUCAAUGGGACUGCUGUGAAUGAUCCUAGGAUUGUUCACGAAUAUAUGUUUGGGCCUCAAAUUCUUGUCGCACCUGUUUCAGUCGAAGGAGCCGCAACGAAGGACGUCUAUCUACCCGUUCUCUCAGAUGCAAUGAUUGCCCAAAAUUUCACUUGGACACACUGGUGGUCGGAGAAGGACUUUGGCACAGGAGGGGAAACAGUUACGGUGAAUGCCCCAUUAGACCAAAUUCCCGUUUUCUACCUCGGAAGCAAAGAGGAUAUAUUCUCUGGCAAAGUGAAUAUCUAACACGAAUCGGAUAAUGAAAGUCCUUCCAAUGAAACACAAAUAUAUGAGUACAAUGAGUACAAUCAAUACAUAAUAGACGACGUGUUUCGGAAAGUAUGCGUAGAGUGAAUUAUUCCAUGACCCAAUCCCGAACCACCUUGCAACCUCCGAUAUCGGGAUGUAAUAGGACAGAGGAGAUCCAAUGUUCGAGCAAUUGCCUACGUUGCUCCAGAAAAGACGGGCGAAAUUUCGACCAAGGUGACUUCGGAGGAAGAGUUGGCAGAAACCGCUGAUAACUAGGCUGAUAGUGGCAGUAUGAGCCAUCAAAUAUUCAGAUGAACAUGUCACAACAUACCGGUAGCGUAGCACGUAGCUUCGCAUGGAGCUCUGCAAAGGCGCUAUAACGCUUCAACGCAUGUAUGACCGUUCCCU